CGGCCAUCACUCAAACCCUUUACCUUCCAUGGUGUAUUUGCAGACUAUAUCUUGAUCAUGUCUAGUAUGACUCCGAAUGCCUUGAGACAUGCGUCUCGGGCCUACGCCCGCCGCCUUCCGUCGACACAGCAUGCCUCCCUGACGGCCUCUCUUCCCCGAGGGGUGCUCGCCACCACCGGCGCGAUCGCUCGACGCUCCUACGUCUCCGAAACCAAGGCCGGAAAUGCCCAGGUUUCCGUGGAUACCGCCAUCAAGCAGGAACAGAAGGCCUUCAUGAACCAGACAGGUGUGCAGCCCGGGAAGGUUAAGCUUCCUGGUAGCGGCAUCUCCGGGGAUGCAUCCAUGAGCCCUGCCGCGGGCAUAUUGAAGCAAGCUACCAUCAUGGACCAGGGCACCCGGCCCAUUUACCUCGAUGCACAGGCGACGACUCCCACCGAUCCUCGCGUUCUUGACGCCAUGCUUCCAUACCUGACUGGCAUUUACGGCAACCCUCACUCCAGGACGCACGCCUACGGCUGGGAGUCCGAGAAGGCGGUUGAGCAAGCCAGAGAAUAUAUUGCGAAGCUGAUCGGGGCCGACCCGAAGGAGAUUAUUUUCACUAGCGGUGCUACCGAGAGCAACAAUAUGAGUAUCAAGGGUGUCGCUCGGUUUUUCGGUCGCUCUGGCAAGAAGAAGCACAUCAUCACGACUCAGACCGAACAUAAGUGUGUUUUGGAUAGCUGCAGACACCUGCAAGAUGAGGGAUUCGAGGUGACAUACCUGCCGGUGCAGAACAACGGAUUGAUUCGCAUGGAAGACCUCGAGGCGGCCAUUCGUCCCGACACUGCCCUCGUCAGCAUCAUGGCUGUCAACAAUGAAAUCGGUGUUAUUCAGCCCAUGGCGGAGAUCGGCAAGCUUUGCCGCUCCAAGAAGAUCUUCUUCCACACCGAUGGCGCCCAGGCGGUGGGCAAGAUCCCCCUCGACGUGAACAAGCUCAACGUGGAUUUGAUGUCUAUUUCCAGCCACAAGAUCUAUGGCCCCAAGGGUAUCGGGGCCUGCUACGUUCGCCGUAGGCCCAGGGUCCGUCUCGACCCCAUCAUCACUGGUGGUGGUCAGGAGAGAGGUCUCCGCAGUGGUACUAUCGCUCCCCACCUAGUCGUUGGUUUUGGCGAGGCUUGCCGCCUUGCAUCUCAGGAGAUGGAGUAUGACUCCAAGCACAUUGGCAGACUGUCCAAGCGUCUUACGGACGGUCUUUUGUCCAUGGAACACACCGCGCUCAACGGAGACCCCGAGCACCACUAUCCCGGCUGCGUCAACAUCUCCUUUGCCUACAUCGAAGGCGAGUCCCUUCUGAUGGCUCUGAAGGACAUCGCGCUCUCGUCCGGUAGUGCCUGCACGUCAGCCUCGCUGGAGCCCAGCUACGUCCUGCGGGCUCUGGGCAGCAGCGACGAGAACGCCCACAGCAGUAUCCGUUUCGGAAUCGGCCGUUUCACGACGGACAGCGAGAUCGAAUACGUGCUCAAGGCGGUGCAGGAGCGGGUGCAGUUCCUGCGCGAGCUGAGUCCGCUGUGGGAGAUGGUGCAGGAGGGCAUUGACCUAAACACCAUUGAGUGGAGCCAGCACUAAUCUUCUCUGUUUCUUGCAUUACAGAAUGACUGCACGGGCGGUUGUUUGGUCGUUUUACCAGGCGCAUUCUUGUCUUCGUUUCGAGAUAUCAGCGGCGGGAUGGCGUUCGUAUAGUGUGUAACAUUAUAGGAUUGAUGAGAUCUGUCCAAGUCUGUACAGAGAAUGGAUAAUCAUGACCG